CUUGCGAAACCGUAAAGUACGAAUCGAAUGUAACCGUUGCAACUGCGACGAUGCAACUGAUGCCUCUUCCGUCCGUCGCGCGGCCUUUAUCCCUUCAAGGGCCGCAUCCCCUCCAUUUUCCAACGACCAAUCGACGCGCAGCAGAGGGGCUGCCAAGGGCACAAAAAGGGACCCACGACGCACCGGGGCAUCACUCUCACCCCAACCCUCGAGGCGAGCAGUUCAGAGUAACCCGAUACUUCGCAUUCUUUUCAUUCUCGAACGAUGGCUCGUACCAAGCAGACAGCCCGCAAGUCUACCGGUGGAAAGGCACCGAGGAAGCAACUCGCCACCAAGGCCGCCAGGAAGAGUGCCCCGGCUACAGGGGGAGUCAAAAAACCUCACCGUUAUCGCCCGGGUACCGUCGCACUCCGUGAAAUUCGUCGCUACCAGAAGAGUACGGAACUGCUGAUCCGAAAGCUGCCUUUCCAACGGCUCGUCCGUGAAAUCGCCCAGGACUUCAAGACCGACUUGCGUUUCCAGAGCUCGGCGGUCAUGGCUCUUCAAGAAGCGAGCGAGGCGUAUCUCGUCGGUCUCUUCGAGGACACGAAUCUUUGUGCCAUCCAUGCGAAACGCGUCACCAUUAUGCCAAAGGACAUUCAAUUGGCUCGCCGUAUUCGCGGAGAACGUGCCUGAGAUUCUGUUGAUAUAAAAUCACCAUUGCUAGCGAGUAGCACAGAACCGGCCCUUUUCAGGGCCACCAAUCACAUCAUAGCCAAAGACCGUCUCCCACUCAUCACGGAUAGUGCAUUGACUCCUCUUAUAUUAAAUCAUCUACUGCAAAAUCUUGCGAAAAAUUUAUGCUUCAACGGAAUUCACCCCUUGGAUGCCGAAAAUAUUGUUCUGUACCCACAGGGCCUAUGACUUACGAACUUAUAUUUGCUUGUAACCGGACGGGUUCACAGAUAAUUUUUCGCGUGUUUUCGCAGUUCGCGUCAAAUCUUCAUUUUCGUCACUCCCUAAUAACAAGAUUGUCCCUACUUUAUAAAAAAACAAAAGUUGUUAAAGAAUUUCCCUUCAAAAUGCCCUUUUUUCAUCACCAUGCGAUUUUUUGCUACCGGGUGAUUCAUGUUUUAAUCGUAUACUGCGCUUUCGCAAGUAAUUAGUGGCACUUUUACAGGUAUCUGAGUGUUCGUGCGGUGAUCUCAUAUUCAUCUAAAAUCUCUUGUUGCCUUCUCGCAUACCAAUGACUUGCCAAGAUGACCAUGGUACAAAAAAAAGGCAAAACGCAAAAUUGCCACAUUUAUGGUUUGGAAAAUGGAAGACUUGAGAAAAAACUGUGCAAAAACCAAAUUUAAGUCAAAGCUUCAAGUUUCAAAACUCAAUGUUUUUCAUUAAAAUCCUUUCAUUUUCGACAAAGUUACACUCAUUUGAAAAUGGGUCUUUUUUCAGACACAAUUCGAGUGAACCCCUAAUUUUUGUGCACAUCCUAGGUCCAUAUGCCUUCAAACUCAGUCCAACUCGGUGACUUUAAUAAAUCGAUGCAUCCCCAUAUAUGCCCUGUUGUUCUUGCGAGGGCGUCCAGAUGGCGUAUCGAUUUCACGCAUAUGUCUAAGAGUCUGUUGUUUCAAGCCAUUCGAACGGUGCUAUCCGAAUGGAUCAGACGUACUAAUUUUGAUCUCGCCUUAGCAUGAACCUGACUUGAACCAGGGAUAUUUUUGAAUGCAAUGUGACACCGAUAUUUUAAUGGAGCCAAGAGAUAUUUGUGUAGUUUAUUGAUCAAUUGUGGAAACGUAUUGUAAGUGAAUCGAAAAUUUGGCAGUAAAUCACAACUGGUAUAGCGGCGAAUAAAACCGGGUUUCCGGCUUGGACGGAACGGCAGUUCAGCUUCAGUGUGGCUUCAGCGAUCGGAGCGGCGACAUCAGGAGCGACAUCAGGAGCGACAUCAGUAGCAAUGCCGGUUCCUCACAGCGACGAUGAAGAGAGGACGAUGACCAUUGUGUAAUAAAACCGAAUCAGGACAUUAACGAUUCUCUCCAGAGAUCGACUCCUCUUGAUCCUGUUCCGGUAGACAUGAAUCCGCAACACAUGAGACGUUCAAGUUUUCCUUUUACAGAGGUCGCAGUUCUUCCAACGUCAUUGCCCGGACUCCCCCUGUUCAUCAGGGGGAGUCCACCGUCCCCUGGGACUGCGCGGCCUCCCACCGCCCCCGGGGUCCCAGGGGACCCAGUCCCCGAGAACAUGUCUUCGGGGAUGCGGUAUCCCCGC